CGAACCUCAGGCACCCGAUUUCGGCUCAGUGGUAUGCCAGGCUGGAAGACAUGUGGCCAAAUUACGUUCUUGUUCGCAGUGCAGAGAGGCUUUGCGCCAGGCCUUCCACCAACAACAGUCACCCGGCAAGUCAGCCUGCUGAGAAUUCAACAUCUUCUGGUCUGGUGACGCCAGACACUUCCGCUCGUUAUGAGGAGAACGCUGGAGAUGAAGAGUCGAUCUUUGAUUUUGAAUCCGAGCCCGGCAUGGAAGGCUUUGACCUGGACGCGGACUGGAUUCCGGGCGAAUUUGGAAUUGCAGAGAUGAAUACUUCGUCUGAUUGGUAUCAGGCUAGUCCUGUGACCAUUGAGAUUCCCAAUGGUGGAAGGAAGCGCGUGGCCGAGGAUCCCAUUAUCACUGAGCUUGACGAGAUGUCCAACGCUUUUGAGUCCCAGGUCGAGGCGAACGUGGUCAUCGAAAGUGAAAUUGUCAUCACCGAGGGAGAGACUAGCUUUUUGUAAUGGGUUGUUUCUCUUGGGCUAGACGUGGUCCAUGUU